UUUUUUUUUUAAUUAUUAAAUAUGAAGGAGCUCCACUAUAUAUACGGUGUGUACAAAGUUAUAUACGGUGUGUGCAAAGUAAAACAAGGCCCACCUUUGGCACCAAAAAUGGCGGAAGAAGAAGAAGUAGUUGCAGAAGUAGAAGCAGUGCAAGCUGUAUAUGGCGAUGAUUGUUUACUCCUAAAUACGUACCCUCCUUCUUUUCAUCUUCAUAUCAAACCUCGUACUGCCGAUGACUCUUCUCAACAGUUUGUGGAAGCAAUCAUUGAAAUCCAGGCUGGUUCAAAGUAUCCUGACGAGCCACCUGCAAUUAGAAUUGUUGAUUCCAAGGGCCUUGAUGAGCAAAGGCAAAAACAAUUGAUAAGUUGUAUUUCUGAAAGGGCUACUGAACUCUCCUCGUGUCUAAUGCUUGUAGCACUUUGUGAGGAAGCAGUGGAGCGGCUUUCGAGUAUGAAUCACCCUGACGGAGAGUGUCCAUUGUGCUUGUAUCCAUUAGUUGAUGAAGAUUCAGCAAGCUCUGAGCCAUUUAUGAAACUGAUGUCUUGUUUUCAUUGCUUUCACUGUGAGUGCAUCAUCAGAUGGUGGAAUUGGCUUGAGCUACCCAAAGAAUCUGAUUCCCCUUCAGCUUCUGGUUCUGCUUCAUCUUCUCGAAAUAUCAGGGAUCAGGAUGAAGAAACUAGGAGGAAGUGCCCGGUUUGUCGCAAGUCUUUUCUUGCAAAGGACAUUGAGCACGUGCUUGACUUUGUGAAGACUCAACAUGCUGUGAGCUCCGGCGGAUCUGAAGUCAACAAUGAUGGCACAGUUCUUUUCUCAGAAUCAGAAAAAUUAAGAAGAGAGAAAUUUGCUGCAAUACUGCAACUCCAGCAAGAGAAGGGUGGCUUAAUUGAACUAAAAAAGCAUGAAGUGUUGCGGCCAGGUAUUUAUCUUCCACAACCCGCUGCAUUACCAUCGACAGCAUCCACCACCGAGGGAAGUGAGCAACAAGACAGAGAUCCGGCAGCCAAAUCCAGAACAAAUCCUAGUGGUUCCACAAACAAACAGAGUACCAGUAGAGCAAGGAACUCCGGCACUAAGAAACACCAGGGGCACAAUUCAAGAAAACAAGUCCCUCACAACUCAAGAAAACAAGUCACUCAGUGGGUUAAGAAAGAAAACAGUGAUACAACAUGAUAUGAGAUUUUUAUUUUUUUUAAAAAAAGGAAGCUGAAAGGAACGAAACCAUUGGUUAUUUUUGUUAUUUAUCGGCCUGCUUACAUGAUCAAUUCUGAUAUAUCGGGAAGCCAAGGAAGUUGGCAGAUAGACACCAGCUACUGUUUGUUGCGCAGAGAGUGUCGCGAUUAGAAGUGAUAGAUUUCUCAUUUGUAAGGUUUCUGCAUCUUCUUGAUAUCUUUCUCCAAGAUAAAAUAUAUAUUAGACUUUUCAAGAACAAUUGCUUGUGUGUUGUUCCAGCUCUAAACUGAGCCUGAGGCAAUGCUGUGCUUUCACUGUAUAAAUCUGACUGCAGCUCUUCCCAACAGAUAAAAAGUUCAUUUUAUGGUUCA